AUGAACGCGCAGCUGACCAUGGAGGCGAUCGGCGAGCUGCACGGGGUGAGCCAUGAGCCGGUGCCCGCCCCUGCCGACCUGCUGGGCGGCAGCCCCCACGCGCGCAGCUCCGUGGCGCACCGCGGCGGCCACCUGCCCCCCGCGCACCCGCGCUCCAUGGGCAUGGCGUCCCUGCUGGACGGCGGCGGCGGCGGCGGCGGCGACUACCACCACCACCACCGCGCCCCCGAGCACAGCCUGGCCGGCCCCCUGCACCCCACCAUGACCAUGGCCUGCGAGACCCCCCCAGGUAUGAGCAUGCCCACCACCUACACCACCCUCACCCCGCUGCAGCCGCUGCCGCCCAUCUCCACCGUGUCGGACAAGUUCCCCCACCAUCACCACCACCACCACCACCAUCACCACCACCACCCGCACCACCACCAGCGCCUGGCAGGCAACGUGAGCGGCAGCUUCACGCUCAUGCGGGAUGAGCGCGGGCUGGCCUCCAUGAAUAACCUCUACACCCCCUACCACAAGGACGUGGCCGGCAUGGGCCAGAGCCUCUCGCCCCUCUCCGGCUCCGGCCUGGGCAGCAUCCACAACUCCCAGCAAGGGCUCCCCCACUACGCUCACCCUGGCGCCGCCAUGCCCGCCGACAAGAUGCUCACCCCCAACGGCUUCGAAGCCCACCACCCGGCCAUGCUGGGCCGCCACGGGGAGCAGCACCUCACGCCCACCUCGGCAGGCAUGGUCCCCAUCAACGGCCUCCCCCCGCACCACCCGCACGCCCACCUGAACGCCCAGGGCCACGGGCAGCUCCUGGGCACGGCUCGGGAGCCCAACCCCUCGGUGACCGGGGCGCAGGUCAGCAGUGGAAGUAACUCGGGACAAAUGGAAGAGAUCAAUACCAAAGAGGUGGCCCAGCGCAUCACCACCGAGCUCAAGCGCUACAGCAUCCCGCAGGCCAUCUUCGCGCAGAGGGUGCUCUGCCGCUCCCAGGGGACCCUCUCGGACCUGCUGCGCAACCCCAAACCGUGGAGCAAACUCAAGUCGGGCCGGGAGACGUUCCGGAGGAUGUGGAAGUGGCUGCAGGAGCCGGAGUUCCAACGCAUGUCCGCGCUCCGCUUAGCAGCGUGCAAAAGGAAAGAGCAAGAGCACGGGAAGGAUAGAGGCAACACCCCCAAAAAGCCCAGGCUGGUCUUCACAGACGUCCAACGCAGGACUCUACAUGCAAUAUUCAAGGAAAACAAGCGUCCGUCCAAAGAAUUGCAGAUCACCAUUUCCCAGCAGCUGGGGUUGGAGCUGAGCACCGUCAGCAACUUCUUCAUGAAUGCACGGAGGAGAAGCCUGGACAAAUGGCAGGACGAGGGCAGCUCCAAUUCAGGCAACUCAUCUUCAUCAAGCACUUGUACCAAAGCAUGA